AUGAAGACACUCCAAUUUAUUUAACAUGGAAUAAACAAGCACUUAAACUUGAAAAUCAGAAACUAUCAAAAAUUGAGGAUACAAAUAUUAUUGAAAGAGAAAUGCCGCAAUGUUCAACCAAAAUAAAUAAAUCGGAUUCUUCCCUAAGUGAUAAUACUUCACAAAACGAAAACGCAAUAAAAUUGGUAUUUAAUCGUGGUUUGCAAGUUUUAACAGAUGAUCAAAUAUUUCAAAAUCUGAUUGAUCAACAAGAAACAUUAUUGCACAACAUGGAAAACGAUAGGCCGCGACAGUUUGGCCGACGUGCAGAGCGAUCUGCCACAUUAUCAGCAACUAUUAAUAAUUCAAAUCAAAAUUGUCAACAUCUUAACUUUGAUAACCUGAGACCAAUGAGUGCCCCCGCUUCAACCUGUUCGAAUAUACCGGAAAUUUUGUAUAUUGUUUCUGAUGGUAGUACGACACGAACGUCACGUAACACAAGUCCGGUUUCAAUCGAAUCCAGCACAGAUUCUGGCCAAUCUUUAGAAAUAAAUCAUACUACAGUUGAACCUAACAUUCAUGUUAGUGAGGACAACACCCAACAAAGAGCACCACCAAUGGAAUUUGAAAGUGUGGAUGAAUCUUUAAAAACAGGUUUCAACUCUAAUUGGCCUCACAACUAUAGCCGAACUUUGGCUCUAAUUUCAUGCACACUUGGAUUAUUUAACAUAUGUCGGUUUGCCGUACUUACCAUAAAUUAUGGUGGAAAUUUUUUACUCCAGUUCUUUAUACUUUCAAUUCUUUUUGGAAUUCCAUUCCUGUGGUUGCAGAUGAGCUUAGGAGCAAAAAUUGAAGCAGGUCCAAUAUCUAUGUGGAAAAUAAGCCCCAUUUGUGUUGGUAUUGGAAUAUCUUUAGUUCUUGUGCAAUAUUUUAUUACUAUUUAUUCAUCGGUUGUGGUUGUAUGGCUUUUAGUGUAUAUUCGAGAUAUAUUCAUACAUCACUCGUCAUAUCCCUGGUCGGAGUUCGUUCAUACUAUAAUUCCUCGACAAUCAUCACAUAUUUACACAAAUCUAACAGAAAGUAUUCCAGAUUACUUUAAUGUCAAUGUCUUACAAAGACUACAAAUAUAUAAAAUGAAUGACGUGAAUGGAGUGCGCCUUCACAUAAGCGAUCGCGUUGCUUUUUACUUGGUAAUUCUUUGGGCAGCAGUAUUUUUGACAUUGAGUAAAGGUCUAAAAUCUUUUGGUAAAGUUAUAUUAUUACUUGGAAUACUGCCAAUUUUUUUGUUAGCAGCUAUUGCAGUAAAACUAUUAUUUGUUGUUGAUUUUGGGAAACUUCAGAAAAUGUUUAGCUCUACUGAGUUCGAUGAAUUUCUGGUCAAUUCAAAAUCGUGGGCAGCUGCAGCACAAGAAGCCUUUCUAACAUGGGGUCUCUUAGGGACAUCCAUUAUAGCAAUAUCAAGUCGAACACAUAAGAAGUCUUCUAAAUUAACGCUACGGAGUGAUGCUAUUUUAGUUGUUUUAGUUACAUUAAUUGGAUUAUGUCUAUCCGCAUUAGUUGGUCUUUGCUCAAUUCAAAUUGUUAACGAAUUCGGAUACAUAUAUGUUCCUGGUUCAUAUGAAAGUCCGGAUUAUUACUCCUCAAUAUUUUCUUUGAAAUCUUCUCCUAAUGCUGACCUUAUUUCAUAUCCCACCAAAUUUGUACCACAUUAUUCGACUUUAAUCGGAGAAGUGUACAGACGUCGUUCAGAUGUUCAAAAUGUGAGUGGUUAUCAAGUUUUACGCUUUGUCACUGAAUUAGUACCAGCCGCAUUAGCAAUUUCUACUGAAAACAUUUCAUGGAUUUGGACAUCAAUUAUAUUUAUAACAUUACUAAUAUUUGGCGUAUCUCAGUUAUGUGUUAUGUGGAAACCUAUUUCUUGUGCUUUGGGAAAUUCAACAAGCGCUGUAUUGCUGAGUUGUGUAACAGGUCUUCUGUUAAGCAUUCCUUUUGCUACGGAAGUAGGUAUAACUUUACUUCAUUAUAUGGAUAUUUUAUUAGGCGGAGCUUGGUUCAUUCCGGUUUUGUGGGCUGCAGAAAUUUUUGGAGUUUUUCUUAUUCGCGGACGUCCAUAUAACGGCGAUGAUCUUGUAAACGACUUAAAAAUGUGUGGAUCAAUUUCUGCAUUUUUAGCACUCUCGUGGAACGUUUUGCUUCCCAUUGGCCUCAUAACACUGGCUGUAAUUGAAUAUAAAACUUCAAUGACUAGUGAAUUAUACUAUUGGCGUGGGAAAUCAUAUUUUAGUUACUGGUCGAGAAAAGUGGGUGCUUUAACACAAAUAGGUUUUUUACUUUUGGUACCUAUCUCAGCAAUUGUACAAAUAUACCGCUAUUUAACUUCGGGACCUCCUGACAUUUUAGACAGAAUUCAGAUGCUUUAUAGACCUUUGGAUGAAGUAGAAGGUGGUAUACCAAUAACUAAUAGAAAUAUAAUGAAUUCAAGAUAUCGCAACGAUAACAAUGAAAAUUCUGUAAUCGGGCAAUGUCAAGACGACGCACCACCCAAAUAUACACCACCACCAUCAUAUACAACAGCAACAGGUGCCAGGUUAGCAAAAAUGUUACGUCAGAGUUUAAGACGCAGUGUUAGGCGCAUUUUGGGAGAAUCCGAAAGAUCCAGGCCAACUCUCCCAAUUCAAGAUGAAAGCCAAUCAAAUCCAUCGGUCUUGUCUAGCCGUUCUGAAACUACAAAUGAAAAUAAUACAAGUGAAUCCAUUGAAAUUGAAAAUAGACCUUCACUUAAUUUACUUUAUGGACGCAGUCUUUCUUUAGGACGCAAACAAAUAGUAAAUAAACGUCGUUUGAGAGAGGAAAAUGAAAGGACAUCAUCAGCUCGAGCAAGUUCUAAUAGUAGAUCAUCACGAACAUUAAACGAACGCCCAUAUACUGCUGAAGAUGUUAUAACCAUUCUCAGAUCUUCAACACUAGGAAGAAGAAUGUCGCAAUCAAUACAUCCACAGAACGAAUCCGUAUAUCGUUCCAUCGAAAAUUUAGUUGAAAAUGCUGAACCACCAAAUUUAAGUUCACCUGCUAUCGACGAACAUUAUAAUCAAAAUUCAACUUCUGUGAUUUAAUAUAACAUUUGAAAGCAUAUAUUCUUAUAUAUUUAAUAUGCCAGCUAAAUUUAAUGACUAAUAGAUGUCCUAACAUUAAAAUUUUA